CACUAGGUGAAGAAAACAUGGCGAAGUGGCGGAGAAUGUAACUGCUGAUAUGUUUUCAAGUCAAACUCGUAUCGAUAGUAAGACUGGAGCUGAUGAUCUAGGACGGUUUGAGUACUUACAGGCUUUGGUGACAGAAUUUCAAGAUACCGACAAACAAGGUGAAGUUAAUUUGAAGCUUUGCUUUCUGACAGUAGCUUAUUGAACGCAGAUCAGAAUUGUUUUUUUCUAGAAGUCAGUGAAUUAAACGAAGGGGCCCCCUUUAGCUUGUAUUAACACGUGAAAAUUGAUCUUUUGUGCUGGAGUAUCAUACCAUUUUCUAUAGAAGGUAAGUUUAUAUGAAAGGGGUACCUUUUCGGUUAACUGUGGAAAACAAAAUUAAAAGGGUAAGAUUUAAGAACUGCCUGGAGAGCAUCCCAUUUUUCAUGACCCUGACUCAUUUUCUUGAAAUAUCGACAUCAUAGAAUUAAAUUGUUGUAAAGAAAUUGUGGGUGCCAUGCACGUAUAUUGCACACCACCCUGUUGAAGGCUUCCUGUCCAAAAUGAUCCAAAAAGAAACUGUUCAUGAUGCUAAAUAGUGUAUUCUUUAUCCUGUCCUCAAGACUCAAGGUCCUGAAAACCUUGGCCUGCGAGCAAACUCUCUGGGGCACUCUGCAGCUGGUCAAGACCGCCCCAGAGAGCUUGCUCGCGGCCUAUGAAAAGCAUACUUGUUUAGUGGCACAUAACAUUUCCGCCAAAUAAGUUUGUGACUACUCCAAGAGUUUUCUUCUCCUUUUCUGUAACUCAGCUAGUUAUGUCUCUCGUCUUUGAUCUACCUCUACUGAAACUAUCUUGCAGCUAGUCCACCAUAAGAGAGACUUACCAAAUACAUGUAUCAUUCAUCUUAUCUUUCAGGGGCCAAGGAAGAAAUCCUAGCAAAUCUUGCCAACUUUGCAUAUGAUCCUAUCAAUUAUGACCAUUUUAGAAAGCUGAAAGUAGUUGACUUGUUCAUGGGUAAGAGGGAAAUGCACAUGGAAUUUUGUUUUUCAUAGCUAAGGCUGGUUCUCACUAGCCAUUCUUUUUCUGAUACUCUGACAUCAACUCAGUUGCAAUUACAAACUAACCUUGAAGUAUGGAUGUUGAAUGGUAAUCACGGUAUAAUUUAUUUAUUAGGGAGUUUUAGCAUUGACGGUGGCAACGGCAGCGAAAAUUAGCGUUUUUUCAAACUUUGCUGCAUUUAUUCCAGUUUGCUGAAAAUGUCCAAUGUAAGCAAAUUUCCCUGGAGUUGAUUUCUUGGGGGCUGCACCCAAUUUAAAAAGAGAGAAAAUUUCAUCAUUGCUUGUUUACGUCCUCCAUAAAACAUGAAAUUAGGCAUUUUCACAUUGUAGUCGUCCAGUAAUGGCUAAGAAAUGUACAAAAAAGUGUGAUGCACAUGCAAGCUUGUUGUUUUGAUCAGUAAACCUGUUGCUGUUCUUGUUACUGUGGCCGUCAUCGUUGCUAAAACUCCCUAUUGAUGUUAUAGUCAUGAGUCCCCAUGUCAUCAAACAAGAGUAAGCUGUGGUUUUCCCAGGGCUGUCAAACCCCACGUCUUCAAAUAUUGAGAAUUGAUAGGGAAGGGGUAAUAGAUGACCUCAUAUCGCAUGGUAUAUGACGUCAUUUGUUCAAAAAAUACUCGUUGACCCGAUCGUCACGAAUAUGCGAUGUUUCACAUUAUUGCGUAUCUCUUGGUACAUUGCAAUGGCAUUAUAAACCAUACCGAAGUUUAUGAGGAAACGUUCGAUGUUAACAGUAAAAAAGCUCAAACAAUGCAAAAUAUCUAAAAGUUUAAGGUCAGAAAUUCGAGUCUACAACUGAAUGGCAAACUUCGGUGAAUAUUUGGGCGAUUUCAUGCUCUAAUCUGGAGACCGGGAGAUAUGGUCCAAAAUCCGGAGUCUCCCAGAUUAUCUGGGAGAGUUGACAGCACUGUUUUCCUUCUCAAUGAAACAACAGAGAAACUGCUAAGUAACAAGUAACAUAAACAUUAAGCACCAUAAACCCACAGCAAUCUGUUUCAAUUUCUCCUCAGUUUUGUCGAUCUAGACAGUGCCCUCUUUGGUAAUUUGUUUCAAUAUUUAUCAAGUAGUUUAAUAAUUUGCCUAAAUUGUGUGACACAGCUCAUUUAAAUACUGCAGAUAUGCUCACUGAAGGAAAUGAGAAGUUUGUUGAAUUUGGAAUUGGUGGAUUGUGUAACUGCAGUCUAGGUAAGUUCAAGACAAACUUGAGAUAAAUAAGCCAUGUUAUUGUUUUUAAUAUCAUAUCAUAUUAUUACAAUGCAAUAUAUUUCUUGCACAGUUUUUUUUCUGUUCUAUCAACAGACAAGGAAAACAAACAGCACAUAAUUGACAAUGGUGGGAUUUCCUUGGUUGUCAAUUGUAUGUCAAGGUACAUGUAGACUCAAAGACUGGAUUUCAGUGUCAUAAGUGUCAUGAUGCAGUGAAAAGUGUUCUGUUUUCACUUAAGGACUCUCUUGCUUAUGAUCUUAAGUGAUAAAGCAGUUUGUUGGAGUCACAAGGAGAAGUACAAAACAAAAUCAGUCAUUCAAAAUAUGCAGGAAUAUGCAUUGCAAUUGGUUUAUUCUUCUGCUUCUACUUCCAAUUCUGAGAAUUAUCUGGUUUUCACUGGCAAAUAUUAGUGAGAGAGUCAAAGAGGAGUCAGAAGAAAAUAGCUUGUACACAGCCUCCCCCUUCCCGCAGAAAAAAUCGGGGAAGUGGCAUCUGUGAUUCACUGUGCUAAUAAUGUAUGGGAAUAAUUUUGCAAAAUUUUUAAAGAAAUCAUUUCUGCUGACCAAAAUUUCUUUGCCUCAUGUUUCAUGUCAUUCCAGUUCUCAAAAUGCUGGUGCAUGCGACUUAUUUCCAUCAAGUGAUUGAGAGAAUGAGACAUUUUAAAAACUAUUGCUUUACUCUUUACCAAGCAAGAAAAAUGUUCUUACAAGCCCUUAUUGAAGGAAAAAAUCCAUGAUCUUAUGCAAGCCUUCCCACUGGAUACAGAAAGUCAUUAGUCAUGAGAUAAAGUGUUGACAGGUCAGACAUGAUUCAUAAGCUUGUGAUAGUGUGAAACGUGGCCUUAGCGUUUGCUUGAACAACAGAGGUUUUCCUUCUUUUCUUUCUAGUGCAUAGAUUAUUCAUCCCAGUACAUGGAGUACAUAAACUUUGACCAGACAAAUCUUAUUUUUGCCUUUGAUUCUUACAUUUAGAGGUCUUGAAGCUGGUAUGUCUAAUGAUUAUUGAGUUAUUAUUUCCUGUGGUUUUAUGUUUCUGAAGGUGUUUGUGACAGGAUUUGAUGGCUAAAAAACCUGUCAAUAAAGAUUUUAGUUUCUUUUCUUUCCUCCAAAAUCCCUUGAUCUGAAUAGCUACAUGACAACAACAACAACAACAAUACCUUUAUUCGCCUUGUACUUAAUUACAUACAUGAAAGAGAAAAAAUAUAUAUAAAUAUUUAUUUGUACUUAAUAAGGCCUGGAACUGAAAUAAUCCUAAGAUUUUCUAGCCAGUUCUUCAGAAAGUGUAGUUAUUCGUGAAUGUGAUGAUUUUCUGAUUACCUGCUAUGUUUUGAUGUCAGGCCCUAAAGCCAAUCAAAAUCCCUCAUUUACAUUGUUUUAGUGAUCGAUGAGUAACAGCCAAUCAAAUCAUUUUCCACACAUUCCAAAAAAAAUCACGUGGCCUAACACAAUGCACAAUUAGCAACAGUAAAUCACAGACACCCCUUCUCUGAUUUUUUCUGAAGGGAGGGGGCAGCUGUACACAGGCUAGAAGAAAAUUGAAAUGUAAUUUCUGAUUCUUGUGACUCUAAUUUAGUUAAGCUUACUCCACUAAGACUCCAAGUUAAUAUAGAUCAUAUAUACAUGUUAAAAGACUAUCUUGAUGUGGGGGAAUUUGUUUUGUGACUUACUGUACAUUAUUCCUUUAUUAACUUAUCAACAGAUUUGUUGUUGACUGACUGGGCUAAGUUGUGCAAAAGAAAUAUAUUACACACCUUUGUGUAUUAUUCAAACCGUUCGGCCCAAACUGUUAGUGAGUGAGCUUUAGACAUGAACCCGAAGCACUAAUAUUCUUGUAUUAUUUUAUCUUUUAUAAAAAUUUAGCUCCAAUGAAGAGACUGUAUUGUCAGCCAUAACAACUUUGAUGUUUCUUACCACGCCACAAACACAACCAGGUCAGUCAAAGGAGUGUUGAAACAUCCUCCAUAUUUCUAAGCUAGUCAUAGAUUUCAGGUUCAAAUCCAGGAAUGUUUCUUUUUUUUUUUUUUUUCUUUUUUUUUUUUUUUUUUUUUUGGUCCAAACUGCCACCCUUUCUUGCCACUGUCAUGUCUUCCAGUAAACUUCAUUAGAGGCAUAUUCAAAGUGAUCACCAGUAAGUAACAUACUUUGUGGUUGAGGUGGUACUUUUCAAAAGCCCACUGGUGUAUGUUCAGGUAAAAAAUGAAUAUGAAAUCUUGUAUUUUGUGGUAGCCAUUUCAGUAGGCAGUUAGUGCAACUUAAAGAGAUUUUAAAACUGACGUUUUAAGCAGGUUCACUCCAUCAAAGGUUUAGUGAUCAAAAAAUUAUUCAAUUAUGUGCCAGAAAUCAGAUUUAAGCUAAAACUUAAAUAAAUACCACAGUGUUUAAUCAUGUAAAUAUGGUACUAAACUUUCUCUUUGUAGUUUAGAGACUGACAGCAAUUUUACCCUUCCAAGAUUCAGGUUACCAAAAGAGAUAUAGGAAAUCUUUUAUCACCAUUACUUUUUUCCUUUCAGAAAUCACCUCAGAAGCUAUUGUGGACUGCAUGGAAAGAUUUUCAGCCUCUUCUAAUGCAAGGCUCAGUAACUUGGCUAAGGUUUUUCUUCAGGUAAAUGUUACCAUUCUUUUUUGAAGCAAAUAAAAAUUAUCAUUUCCAUGAUUUUCUGCCUUUUGGCCCAUGUUCUGCUCAAGGGAUCGUCAGAGAGACCAAGCAUACAUAGAGGAUAUUACAUAGCCAUGGAAAGGUACAAAACAUGAAAAGAGAAAUUUCAUAUCUCCAAGCGGCCAUGUAAUGUUCUACCAUUAUUAACAAUUUAUUAUAUAAACAAGGGUGCAAUACCAAAUUAUCUAGCUUUAAAAUAAUUUGCUGAAAAAGGUGCAAUUUUUCAUGUAGCCAUGGCAACAGUGAUAUUUUUAAGUGUGAAGAUAUUAUCAUAGUUUUACAUGUGAAAAUAUUCUUUUACGUGAGAGCUAACCUGGAAUUUCAUAGGUGGUUAUAUAAUAAAAGUACGCAUAUGACACCCAUUUUCCACCCAAAAAACUGCUAGGCAUCAAUCUUAUUGAUCAGUGUGUGUGAAAUCUCAUUGUCUUCUUGUUGUGUUACUGUUUAAAUAAAUUAUUUGAUUGAGUAUUUAUUUUAUAUUUUAUUCACUCAUAGGAUUACUGCAAAAGACCUUGUUCCAUUGAAAAAAAGGAUUAGAAGUUUGAAGAUGGAAUGAUGAGAAGCUGGUGAUCUACAGUUCUACAUGUAUGUGAAUGAACACCAGAAGUGACCACUGCAAAAUAUGUACUACACAAGCCUUCUACUAAACACAUGGCCAAGAAGUACGAUCAGCCACAUGACAUCAAAAUCAUGUUGCCAAGAAGUAUGAUCAACCACAUUAACAUUGUGUCACCAAGAAACGUCCCCCUUCUCCUGCUGAAGCAGAUGAGUGUCUUAUGGCUGGUGUCAAAUGCAGUUACAAAACUAUGGAGUAAACAUCCUGUACACCUGAACAUAAAAGCUAGAGCUCAUUUUCAAAUCCAUGAUUAUUACAGGAACUCCAUGAGUAUCAAAUGUACGGUAAAAUGCUGCUCCAGCAGAUUUCAACUCUUGUUGAUAACCAGAACUCAACAAGCCCCAGAAGUAUACCAGUUGCUGGACUCCAAAUUGAUUUCUUCAUCAGCCAGCCCACCAUGAUUUGAGGCCC